AUGCCAUCAUUCCGACUGCAAGGUUUCCGAUCGGUGAUCCGUGGCACCAACCCUCACCUGCUGCGCCAUCAGCAGCGCCGCUGCGCGCAGGUCCACGACGUCCGCUUCCUCGCAUCACACCACGAUCCCAACCAUGUCUUGGACAAGUACCGGGCCAAGCUGGACAAGAAGGCCAAGGAAGAGGGACUUGAAUCAGUGGAGUCCUUGAAGGAAGCCUACGACGAAAAAAUCAAAGAGCUCCGCCGCAAAGCAUCCACCGUAGCUACCCCAGAGCCCGAAUCUCCCACACCUACCACUGCCAGCACACCCCCCGCAUUCCAAGCGCCCCCUCCUCCUCAGGAAUCGCGCACCGCUAAAGCCGCACGCUCCGUUUCCAAAGACUCCAGCCCCGUCAAGCCCCUCAGCACAUACCUGGACGUCGAGAAGAUCCGCGAGCUCCCAGCCAAGGAGAUCGAGGCCCUCUGGCGCCUGCGCUUCGCCGACAAACCCCACUCCAUCACCGCCGCCAUCCCACUGGAAACUUACCAGCGCAUCAUCAAGGCUGCGCGCGAGAACCCGCAGUUCAUCCUUCCUCUCCCGCGGCCCCAGACCGCCGAAGAGGCAGAGCAGACACCCGAGGGAGCAACCGGCACCGCUGCCGACAUCCACUUCCUGCAAUGGGCUUUCCACCCCCCUGCUGAGGGAUCGACUCUCUCGCCUUCCAACAACCACACCUCCACUGUGAUCUUCACGAACCUGGGUGCUUAUAAGAUGCACGGCGCAUUUGCCCAGCCUCACACUACUGUUACUCACCACCUUGAUCUGGCGGAUGAGAAGGGACUGGUCCUUAUGCAUGGCCAGAUUAUUCCUGAUGGUGGUGUUUCGGCUCCCGAGGCGACUUGGCUUGUGAGCUGUGUGCAGCGCUUCUAUGACUUCGAGGGCCAGGCGAGUGGCCGCAAGAGCGAGCUUGUGCGGAUGUUCACCCGGGGUGAUGCUGAGAACUUCAAGGUUGAGGAAUUGCUGGAGGAGUCGGAACGACUCCAGUAA